UUGUGUUUUCUCUAGAACAGAUAAAUCAAUCUCUUUCGAGACUUAAGAAGCCAUGGCUGAACUAAAGUUUCUUUUAUCCGUGAAGCUCAUCAUGCUAGUGAUGUCUUCUUACUGGAUUGGAGAGGCAGAAUCACAAAACCAAACACCCACCUGUCCUACUAACCAGACAUGGACCUGCAUGAAGACGUGUCAUCAGAGCUGCCAAGAGCUCAGCGUGCUCCUCCCUAUGUGUCCCCGGAUAUGCCAGAUGGGCUGUGAAUGCAACAAUGGCCUCAUUUUUAAAUCUAAAAACUCCAAACUCUGCGUACCUCAUGACCAAUGCCGAGUCAACUGCCCCCGAAACAUGCAUUACAACCCGUGUUCUUCAGGCCCCCGACCUACAUGCGACACCCUUGGCAACCCCAAGCAAAGUUCUGGAAGCUGCGUUCCUCAAUGUGUCUGUAACAAGGGUUUUGUAUUUGUUGAAAGACCCGACCCCCGAUGUGUCCCAGUGAACACCUGCUCACGAAAGGGUUAAUAGCCCAAAGCCUCUACUAAUGGUUUUUAAAGCGGGGAUACAAUAAAUAUUCCCAAUCCCUUAAAUUAUGAUGGACCUUCCAUGCCUGUUCUAUCAUGGUGCUGUUAUCAUGGCCAUGUUUGGUCCAAUGAACGGCAGUCGUUCUUUUAAAUAAAACCAAUUUUAUUUA